UUUUUUUCUGAUAGUCCUCUGGUGGAAGAACAGAGAAAUAGGGGUUGGUUGUUUGCUUCUAUUUGUUCUGCUUUUUUUUUUCUUUUUUUUUCUCAUACUAACAUAGAAGAUUAUUUUCUAGGAAUUAUAGGCAACAUUUAGAGAACAGUAGUGUGGGUUUGUUAUAAGACAGAGGUGCUUCUUCCAGUUACUGAUAGGGCUUCUUUUGGAAAGCCCCUUCCAUUGUAUUUGAAAUCAAAACACGCAGAGUCUGAAAUUAAUGCAUUCAGAUAAAAAUGCAUGCAGGUUGGAACAUUCCUAUUAAACAGAACCUCAUCACUCUUUUCAUUGGCGUUGCCUUUAUUACAGACUUGUAAUAGCACCGUGAAAGGUAAUAGCCUUUCCAAAAAAGCUAGCAGUAACAAUAGGCGCUUUCCACUUCCCAUCUUUUUUAAUACCUAGUUCUAAGAAGGAUGGCAGCUGGGAAGCCUGGUUUCACUUUGUAUGUGUGAGAAGGAUUCUUUCUUCUGAGGAACACUGGUGUCCCACUGCAGCCUUUCCUUCAGUGAGAGUAUCUUUCUCUUUGUCCAAGUCAUCUGCUUCCAUGAAACUCUGUAAAACUUAAUGACAUUGACUGAACCACAUUUGAUUUAAGUUAUCUAGCAGGUUAAAAAAUUAUUGACACCACUGAUUGAAAAGGAACUGACAUACACAUAUAUGAUAUAUAUAUAUAUAUACACACACAUAUAUAUACAAAAUGCUCAGUAUGCUCAUCUCAGUCUUAUUUUUUUCUGGAAAACAGGCCAGAAAACUGUUGCCAGUCCUGGAAAGUAUUUCACACUUGAUUUUUUGUACUCAGAUACUUAGAUUUUGUAUCAGAUACGAUGACCUCAGCAGUGUAACUUACAGAGGCUAAAACUUUCCAGGCUGUGUCUUAUGUUGGUUCCUGUACUUUUGCUAGAAAAGCUUAGAUAGGAGCUGAUCAGAAAAGAAACCCUCCAUGUAACCACACCCCCCCCAAAACAGAGCUCACCAAUUGCCCUGACUACUAUGUCAUUUGAAAACACACUCAUAAAUUGGGAGAAUUGCCUAAUGGCAUAUUGCUACACAAGAUUAAGACAUUUUCUAGCCCAUUAUUUAAUUGGAAAAACCAAGAAUGAAAUAUCUGGACAUUCAAAUACUUAGUUGUCUCUAGACUUUAAAGGCAUACCUGCUACAAUCAGCUGUUACAGCUAAGAGAGCUUAGAAACUGAGAAGUAAUCUAACAGAGUGAAGAAAGAAAUAAGGUUAGUUUAUAUGUCAAAUACACAGUAUGCAAUGCAAAAAAUGCCUGGUUUUUAUAAGAUGGUAUUCUGGAGAAAGAAAUAGAGGCAAUUAGUUAAACUGAAAAGAGUUAUAGCUGUGAGUUAAAGAAGAUACUUGCAUCAUCCCAGGGUCUCCAUGGAAUGCUCUUUUCUUUGGAACUCUGUUGUGAUGGCAGUGAGGUAGCUGUGGGUCUUUAAUAAAAAUCAAUUAUCUGACUUUUAAUCUUUUCUCAUUUCUUUUUGUUUUUGCUGAUAAGGGUGAGAAGCCGAAAACCAUGGGUGUGAGAAUUCAAAUUCUCAUUAUUUUUCUGAGCACCUCAGAGAGUUUUCAAGGCAGUCUGCCCUUUUUUGAAGUGGCUAACUUUUACUUUUGACAAAACUUUUAGGGCAGAUAAGAAAGCUUUGUGACACCUUAAACCGACUGAAAUCUUUCCCAGGCACUGUAGCCAAAAAACGUUAUCCAGAGCAACAAAUGAAAGUGAGUGAAAUGACAAGUAGCAGUCUGAGGGAUGAUUGUCAGCCACAGGAACUGAUUUCAAGUGGGACUAGAGGAAAAAGGAGGAUUCUCAAAAGGAUGGUCUGCGCUGGAAUGGCCCUGGAUUGAAUGAACAAUCACUGAGCAAGACUAGGCUGGACCCUGGGAGGAUCUCUGCUUCCAGGAGGAGCAACCUGGCUGUCUAACCUGUGAUGCUGGGAGCUGGGGAGCUUUGACACCACUGCAGAUGGCUGCCUGCAGCCUGGCACAAGGACUGUGCCUCCUACUGCUUCUCCAGGAUAUCCAGACAGCCCCACAGACAUCACUAGCCCCAUCUCAUUCCUGUGAUACACUUGAGAAUUGGUUCUAUGAUGAAACUUCACGAAGCUGCUGUUACAAGUGUCCCUCAGGCUAUGUUAAAAAGAAAGCAUGUCCUAGGGACCCAGAUGAGGACUGCAUGACAUGUGGACCUGAACAAUAUGUGAAUGAAGAAUUAGGAAAGCCACAAUGUGACGCUUGUGUAUUAUGUGCAAAAGAGUCUGAGCUCGUGGAGAAAAAGCCCUGCUCCUUCAAUUCUAGCCGCGUGUGUGAGUGCCGACCAGGCUUGUUCUGUCAAAUGGCUGUCAAGAACACUUGCUUGCGAUGCCAGCAGCACGCUGUUUGCAAGCCUGGUUUUGGAGUCAAAGUCAGAGGCACCUCCACAAACGAUGUUACUUGUGAAGAGUGCCCUUCUGGGACCUUCUCUGAUCAAAGUUCCAGCACUGACGUCUGCAAGCCCCACACAAACUGUGCCAAGUUAAACAAAGUAGCAGUAAGUGAAGGAAAUGCCACACAUGAUCAGGUUUGCCUGGACCAAUUGCCCACCUACCUCAUCCCAAGCACUUUGUCCGUGAGAUUCAGCAAUGAAACAAAUAACUCUGACCUCAGGAGGUUUGAGGAGAGCCUGGUGACCAUUGCGAGUAUCCUUUUAAGUGCCACCACAACUGAAAAUCCCAGUUCAACUCCUGAGGAGAAAGCUCUGGCUGGCACUUUUCCCACCUCAGCCAAGGAGGGGAUGACGACGGGAGGUCUAGUUCUUUGGGGAGUGGUUCUCUCUGUGAUAGUGCUACUUGUGGGCAUGCUGUUAUUUUGGAAACGGAAGGUUUGCAAGAAGCGGAUCCUCAUUCUCAAAGCAAAGCCACAUCUGCAAUCUGUCAGUUCACACAAAUCUGGGCUCGGCUCUCAAGGUUCUGACCUAGCAAACAAAUGUGCAAUCAUACUGACUACUGACAGUAGGCCAGAAGAGGAGGAGUUAAUUGACAGGACCCUCCCUUUGGAAACGAACAAUAACUUGGUCUCCAGCACAGAAAAAGCAUGUGGUCCUCACCUGAGUCUGACUGACCUGACACAGAGCAAUGGAAAUGCCCCAGAUUGCCCUAUUGAUUCCCGAGUGAGAGACCACACGAAUAAUCGAAUUGAAAAAAUAUACAUCAUGAAGGCUGACACUGUUAUUGUGGGGUCCGUUUCAGAAGUGCCUAGUGGCAAGAACUGUGCUGCUAGAGGAUGUGAAAGUAAUGUUGAUGCCCAGGAAAGCAUGGAAGAGGAACUGGCAAUGCACUAUCCAGAGCAGGAAACAGAAUCUUUUCCAGGGAAUGACGUAACGGUUCCUGUGGAAGAGGAAGGAAAGGAAUUUCACCACCCCACCACUGCCACUGAAAAAUGGUAACCCACUGGGAUGUGUGAAGCUACAGAAACAUCCAGCGUGACACUAAGCCUGAAUCUAUGACAAGGGAGGUAAACACUUAGUGCCUUAGGUUGUCUGAAAACUCAUGAAAAACACUGAAACACAUUCGAACAAGGAGUGCUAGAACCUAUUUCAUCUAACAAAUGAGAGGAAUCAUCCAAACCAUUGGCCUUCAUAGCUGACAUCAAAUAUUUCUCUUUUCCUCUCUCUCCCAGUGUUAUGCUGGAAACAAAUCUGAAUAAAACCUACAAAAUUUAGAGGAAAUCUGCAUGUCAACUCAAGUUUCACAGCUUGCUUUCUUUGCAUGAAGGAAUGGGUUGAAAACUAUACCCAAGAACUUCUAUUAGCUAUGAAAAUUCUGGCUAGAAUUCAGAGUUAAGCUUGAGACUCAGCCAUAUUUCAUACGUUGUUUCUAUUCCAGUAUUACCAGUACUUCCAAUUUGGUCACGUAUCUGAUAUUUUUCUUAAGGACUCUGCUCUUGACCGGAAGUAAUGACAAUUUCAGUUUUCUUGAACACAAACAGAACUCCUAAAUUUGUGGACAUUAUGUCUCUUGAGGAAAUAAGAUCAAAAGAUGCCUCACAGGCUCAGAAAACAGAAGGCAAAUAAACCUAAUUGAAGUCUGCUGUACUUUAGGCCAUUCUUUCUAAGUUUUGAAGUCUGAUUCAUGUUUUUUGACUACUUCAGAUCAUCGAUAACUGUACAAAAUGGCCUCUUCUGAUGGAAGCCAAACUGGCUGAACAUUUGGAUGUUGGAUGAACUAUGGGUUUAGCCCGGCGUGGAGUUUGUAAAAAGGGAAAUGAAGAAAAGAAACUAUUUUUCUACAAAAAGGAAAGACUGAAAAACAGGCACAGCAGUUAUUUCCUAUAACAUUGUUAAUAUCUGCUUGUUUUAGAAUUGCUCAUAAUCAGGGUGAUGCUGAUUUGCAUAUCUAUUCUUUUUAAAAAAAUAUGUUUUGUGGUCAACUGGCUUGUGUUAUGCUAUUUCUCAGUCUUUCAUGUUGCUAGUUUGAUAACUGUAAACGUAGUAGUGUUGACUGUAUUUUUGCACAGGACAGUGGAAAAUGAGCAAGAUGACAAAGUAUGCCUUAAUAAUCAAAAAAAGGAACCACAAAAACAAUUACUUGCUUUGUAGUUUUACCCUGGACAGGAUACUGUAAUAACAGCUGUGCAACAGCAAUGUCUUUUCCCUUACAACACACAAAGGGAACAUAAAGGCAUAAGAAACACCUUUUUGGGCCAGACUAUAGUAGCAUGAGCCCAACACACUAUCUCUGGCAGUCGCAGUAAGAGAUGUUAUUUAGGAAGAGCACACAAGCCUGGUUAAUAUCUGCUGUUUGCAUUCCUCGUAGUUCUGCAGUGUCAACUGUAUUUGGAUUAAGGAUGUUAAAAGAAUUUAUCCCAGCCUCUAGUAUUCAUUCAUAUUAUCAUUUAUUUUUCUUCUCUCUUUUGAACUUCCUGGGACAAUCUGCCUCCACAGGCACCUCUGGCAACAGGCUACAGGUGGUUACCAUGUACUGUGUAAAGUACUUUACCACUUUUAAACUGACCUCUUAUUUCAGUGCCACUAGUUCUUGUAUUACAGAAUGUAGUGCAAUACUGAGUUGCUUUUACAAUCCUUGAUUGUAUCCUCAGUCUCCAGCUUGAGUUCCCAUCUUUUUAUAUUUUUCAUGUCAGUUAGAUGCUCCACUGCCUUGGUCAUUUUAGGUGACCUCUUCCACAUUUUCUCUAACUUCACUACAUUCUUCUGAACAGCUGGAGGCCAGAACCAGGCGCUGCACUGAAGAAGAGGAUUGGGCCAAGGUUUUAAAUAGUGGCAAAAUGAUACUUUCUGUUUCAUUCUCAGUACUUCUCUAGAUGAUGCCCACCAUUUUGUUUGCUUUUUUUUUGGCUGCCUGUGCACUUUAAGCAGUUGAUUUCAGAGAACCAUCAAGCAUGACUCUUAAGAUUGCUUUUCUGAGUGCUAGUUACUAGGUGUGAAUUCAGCACCAUUUAUGCUUAGUUUAGAUUUUUUUUCCCCCAAAUGUAUUGCCUUGCAUUCAUUUGCCACCUUUUUAUGAGCUCCUUCUGGCUUUACUUGCCUUCUACAUGUCAUGUAGCUACCUGGAUAUGUUUAGUAUUGCCUUCGCUAUGUGGGCGCUCUUUUCGCCAGCUCACUGAUGAAGAUACUGAAUAGAACUGGCCCCACCAAUCCCCCCGGCUAACUGUUCUCUAUCCUGAAAAAAAUACCAUUAUGCUAUGCUCUUUCCUUCUUGCCCUUUAAACAGCCAUAACUUUUGUAUCCUGUAACCUUUUAGCAAACCUAUAACAUGACCUUUUCUCCAAUCCCAUGACAACUUUGUUUUCCCACCACCUUAGGCAUGGAACCUCAUCAAAGGCUUUUUGAAAACCUCCAUGUAGUAGGUCCGUUGGAUCUUGUUUAUCCGUUCAGCUUCACAGUAUAAGGGAGUGUAUGUUAUCAACAUUUUGUGGUUGAAGAAAUAAAUCUGGAGAAAUUCAUACUUCCUGGAACUGCAGCCCCAGAGAUGAACUGGGAGAAUCUCAGCAUUAUGGGAUCUAGUCACUGACUUCCAUCAGUGGAUAAUGUGCCUAUAGUACACUUGAAAACUGGUUGUAAUUUCAAGUGGUGUUAGUUCCAGUACUUACUUCUUGAAUUCAUCAUAAGAUAAUUUCUAAAAACAACUGCUGCCAGUGUCUAUUUCAGUACGUCUACCGAGUCUCACAAGAGAGGCGAUUAGUGAAUCCUUUCUGCCUACUUCUGGGUUUGCACUUGUUUUCUUCCAGAAGAUAAGCGGCUCCUAAUGCUCAGAUCGAAAUUUCUUUUGACUAUCAGUAUCGCCAUGUCAGCAGCAGAGACGUGAGGUGAAGAAGGAAACAGAACUGACAUUUUUUGGUUUAAGUGCUUGUUGUGCAACAGAAGGUCAAGUCACUAAGCACUGCGAUAAAACAGCAAUGCAAGGGAGGAGAAACAACUGUGCGGUACAAACACCGGUCACCCUUUCCUCGCUUCCCGUCAGGGUAGUUCAUUGUUUUCCAGUGCAUAUGCCUCAUUGUGGAAAAAUACAGGAACUCCUGCUCAUUUUAGAGAACACCAGUUUGUGUAUCACAAACUGUGAGUAACCACCUUCACCUGGCUGUGGCUGUUGAAGGAUGCUCUGUAACGACAGCUAAUUGUGUACUUCACCUCUGUAUAGGAAUUCACCCUUUUUGCUGGAACAGCUUUCUAGAUGAAUCACACGCAUUGCACCUGCCAGAUGUGUUAAUCGUCAGUUGGUUUAAUAAUGCUGGUCAUCUUUGAAUUAAAAAUGACAUGGAUUUUUAAGCCCUA